AUGUCAAUGAUUUAUAUAAUUACUUUACGUCUGUGGGUGUACAUAUGGUUUUUGAUUAUUAUAUAAUGAUAAUUUGGUGUUUGUGUUGAUACCCAUCUUCCAUCUUCGUCCGUUUCUUGCUUCUCUCUCUGCCACCAUUCUCGCUCCUUUCUUCUUCUCCUCCUCCUUUUUGUUGAAAGGAUGGCUCUUUGUGGGGUUCAUGAAGAUAGAGGACAGUUGAGGAUAUAUGAGAGUUUGGAUGAACUUGGUACUGAAUUGGCCGACUAUGUUGCUGAAUUAUCCGAGGUUUCAGUAAAGGAGCGUGGUGUGUUUGCCAUAGCCUUAUCUGGUGGUUCUCUGAUUAGUUUAAUGGGGAAACUCUGUGAGGCUCCUUAUAACAAGACUGUCGAUUGGGCUAAAUGGUAUAUAUUUUGGGCGGAUGAACGUGUGGUGGCAAAAUAUCAUGCUGAUAGCAACUAUAAGGUAGCAAAGGAUGGUCUUCUUUCCAAGGUACCAAUAGUACCCAGUCAUGUGUAUUCUAUCAAUGAUUCAGUAUCAGCAGAGGAGGCUGCGAAUGAAUACGAGUUUGUCAUCCGGCAGUUGGUGAAAACACGGACUGUCAGUGUUUCUGAUACCAGUGACUGCCCCAAGUUUGAUCUCAUCCUCCUGGGAAUGGGGCCAGAUGGACAUGUGGCAUCACUAUUUCCGGACCAGUCAGUGCUUGAUGAGAAAGAUGAAUGGGUAACUUUCAUCACCAAUUCCCCUAAGCCACCUCCCGAGAGGAUCACCUUUACUUUGCCUGUCAUUAACUCGGCGUCAAAUGUAGCUAUAGUUGUCACAGGUGAGAACAAGGCAGAGGCUGUGCACUUGGCGAUAGAUAGUUUGGGACACGACGCCCCAUCAUUGCCUGCGCGGAUGGUCCAACCAACUAAAGGGAAGUUGGUCUGGUUUCUGGACAAGCCUGCAGCAGCACAGCUUGAGGGUUCUCAAUUUUCCAAGUAGGGUCGAGUUCAGCUUUCCUUAGUGUAAGUUUGUAUGUAGUGGAGGGAUUCUACACCUGUGGAUCCUUUAUCUUCCAUUAGGUAAUGCUGUACUCCUUUUUCUCUCUUAUUGCUUGCUUUCCGUUUUGGCUUUUCAUCUCUUCUCCAGGGAGUUGGGGAAGUGUGAUUAUCCUUUCUGUAAGAAGAGGUUAAUAAAGAUCAGGCCUCAAUGCAGGAUACCUCUCAUUGUUCUGUUUCUUUUAGGAACACCAAAGAACAUAUUAUAGAUUUACGGGACACCAUCCCAUCGGAGUAUUGAAACACAAGCCCUUUUGUUCAUAGUGGAAAGUUUUCAUAAUUUUCUUAUA